AUGUUCAUCCCGGCCACUAUCCCAUACUUUACUCAGUUCUACCCCAUUGGCAAUACUCCCGCCGUCAGCUUGACGAGAGGCUUGCCCCAGGGGGUAGAUGCUGAUAUUCUUCUUCUUGGAUGUGGCGACGUCCGCAAUAUUCUGUUCACAGCAUACUCCGAACGAGGAUUCCAGUCUUUCAGCAUACUAUCAUCUGCCAUCGAUGUUAUUGACAUUCGAGUAGCAGCAAGAAAGCUUGACAUUACGUGUUGCGAUGUUGAAACUGCAAUAAUAGCACGGAAUGUACUUCUCUUUACCCUCCUCGUCGACGGUAUCAGUGCCAAGGUCGUAUGGGAUAUAUAUUUCCAUUUUUACAUCGAUGAAAACUCCAAAAAGCUCAUCAAGGAUCAAGCACAAAAGAUAGUAUCAUUGUCAGGCAGUAUAGAUCAAUGGGGCGAAGGGCGUUAUGGCUCGAUGCUGAAGUUCUGCGAUGCAAACUCACUUCAAGAAGUCAGGCAGGUCUGGAUGAAGUACGCGUCAACUCAAUCCAAGUCUAAAACUAGCUUCGAGAAAGACCUUGAGAAUACUCGAAAGCUAUUUAGGCUUACAAGCGGCCAAUCUGAUGGUCGGCCCGAGCUCAUUCUAACCGGGCUCAGAUCCGCGGCCCCAUUAUCAAUAGCGUCAAAGGAGGGGAUUUUAGAGGCCAGAGGGCGCUUCUGGAAGCAUGGUAGUCUUUCCGAACACCCAGGAACAGUUCCCAAUCCGCUAUUCUCUGAGUCCGUGUCUGCAAACACGUAUCUUCAUUAUGGCACAGAUCCCACUCUUGGAUUCCAUCUCGCAACCGCGAAAGCGAAUCUAGCGCCGGGGUCCCCGCUUCGUCCCGAAAGAGACGACGGCGAGAGUCUCAACGUUAUUGCCGCAGCGAAGACUCAGUUCCGUGAGUGGGUAGCGGCAUUCCGAGAGGUACCGGAAGGGAGCAUAACUCUUAGAUUCACCGUAUCGGAUGCCUUAUCCUUUAGCCACGCCCUGCAGACCAUUUCAACUUCAAGAGGCAGACCAACAUGUCUCUUUCGCCGACAACUUGAUAUAACCCCAAUUGAAUUCGAUCCUAAAGCUUACGCCACUCCCGGAUUAGCACCAACCAAAUUCGACGUAAUUGAUACCUCGAAUCUUGCCGACCAUCUCGGCACACUAAAUCUAUUAGUAGCAGCCGCGCCUCUGUUGAAGACAUCAGCGAGCUCAACCCUAUGGAUAGAGAAGUUGAUCAAAACAGAAAAGACGCGAAGGCAGCAAUUUGACGCUCUACUGCCCGGGCAUGCCCCGACGAUAUCCAUGCUUCUUGGCCUAAUCCCAGUCGACUUUUGGACUAAUGCUACAUCCGUUUCGUGCGUAGAUGAAAUCUUGUUGAACAUUCUAGGCACAUCAACUGGAGCCCAGCAGGCGCAUUCAAGAUUGGCUUGGAAAUUGAGCACAUCUUUCUCGCAAUUACCCAGCGAUCUUGAGGCUUUAUAUGUUGAGCCGCAUGCGCUGGCUAGUGCGGUAUUUCAAGUUUAUAUACAAAUGUUCGAACUUGAGGACCCCACGCCACUUCUAAAAGUAAAUCGCGAAGAGUUAGCAAGGAAACUUCUAAGCCAAGGAUAUCCACUAUUCCAUAGAGGCAGUUUCGUGCUGUUCAUGAAAUAUAUCCAAGCAAAUACUUCUACCACUUGGCCGUCCUUCUGGGAGCGCUUGUUACAGAUGAUAGACCAGGAUAACCUAGACAAGAGAACCAUACGAAGUCUCUAUCGUCAGGAAUUGAGUGCUCAACUGCAUAUCCAAGGCCUAUAUACCGAAGAAUGGGUGAGAGAAGAAAUAAGAUCGAUACCAAGCGUGGGCAGCUUCCACGCAUGGGACAAUAUACCAAAAGUGGUUUGCGUCACAGUAGUGGUGCCGAGAAAACAUAUUGACAGAUUAUAUAGCACUGAAGAGAGCAAGCUUAACGCACCAACGCUCGAGGGUAUACUCAAGUCGAGCAAUCCAAUGGGUUGGGAGAACUUCUUUGCUAGUGUGCACGCCGUAUUUGGACAAGUUGAAACAUCAGGACGCCGCGAGGAUGAGAAUUUCUCGAUAACAAUCCAUCAGGACCCUCUGGGUUGGCAGGGAAAGUCUCCUCUAGUAGCUUCCUUUUACGUGCCAUCUGCUGGCCUUCAGGUUGAACCAAGAGAUACUCGAGUUGGUCUCCGCGUCCAAAACACAUCCAUGGAUAUUCGCACUUUCAAGCACCUUUUACCCACCAUGGUCUUACACGCGACAAUAGUCACUGAUACUUCUAGCGUCUUUGUCACGAAAUACGAACCGGGAAUGACAGGUUACCCCUUGGCAGGUAGCUACAAGAAUCCUAUAGUUAAGAGCGCCGUCCAAACGGAUACACUUCCACCUACCCGAAUUGCCGCGAACUUUGAAAAUAAUAUAAUCAAGUCCUUAUGUAACCAUGUCGAUUUUUCUUCGCAAAAGGCUCGCAAACUCUUAGCAGAACGCGUCCCUGUAGAAUUGCAACAAUCGUCACCAUUCUCGAUAGAUAUUGUAUUCGGCGAGAACCUCUUGGUCCAUGCCGCGUCAUUCCCAGCUCCAGUUCUCAAGGAAACCGCCAAGACACGUAUCGCACGCACGUCUGGUUACAUCGAAGUCAUUGCACCCCUAGCAGAUCCCUUGGCUUCGGGGGCGCUAUCGUCUUUCAUCUACCCCAUCACUCUCGGGGAAAAUUCCAUGCCCAUACCACUCAAUAGUCAACAAGUCAACCUAGACUCUUUGCCGAUCCUCAAUGUGGAUCAAGUUCACCAAAAGGAAAAUCGGUGGCUAAACGCACUUACGUCUCACCAGUUUUCUGUUCGUGAGCGAAGAUUGCGAGACUCAACCGAGCCAGCUUCACUGCGUAUGAACUUCAAAGAGUCGCUCUUUUCCAUUUUUAUGUUAGCUUCGGGGCUUCAAGGUGGAAAUACCGGGCUCUUCGCACUCCAGCACCCCGUAGAUGGAAACCAAGUCCUUAUCUUCAUCCGCGCCAUACGGAUCAAUGGCGCAGAGGGGUCCGUGGUGGCAGACGCGGCAGCAAUCCCUAUCACCAGGCAGCUAAUUGACUCCGGAGAAAUCGAGACGUUCCUUUAUAUACUUCGCGAACUACAGAUAUGCGCCAUCAAAGUCAACGACGAAGAGCUCGUGCUCUGGAAAGAAGUCCUCCCUGCAUUCGCCGAGCGGUGUCGCACGUGGAGUCACGGUCCUAAAUGCGAAUACAAAAAGUCUCGUGCCACGAUCCCGCUUAGCACGGAGAUGGGGAAGCAAUUCAUGUGCAGCUGCGGAAACGGCAAGCUACCCGAGGGGUUUAUAAGCCUGCCAGACUGGGACAGCACAGCAUCUAAGUAUGCAACCCGCGUAGCAAUCAGCCCGACCUUCUCGGUACCUUUUAUUGAGGAUAUUGUGGACCUAGAUUUACUUAAUGCCCAAGGAAGCCUUGAGCGCUUGCACAUGGACAAGUGUCGCAACUGCAACGCGACGGAAGCCAAGAAUGGGGGGAAUCUCUUGAAAUGCUCAAGAUGCAAGGAGGUCAUGUACUGCUCGUCAGAAUGUCAGCGCAAGGAUUGGAAGAAGCAUCGGAUGGAGUGUAAGGCUUAUGAUGUGUCGUAG